CUGCAUGGAUUCUGCCAACAACGCCACCUACAGAUGCAUCAUUUGCAGUUCAGCAUUUGAGACUUUGGAUGCCCUUCGUGAGCAUGUUAGGAAUGUCUGUAAACCUGGCCUGCAGUCUUCAAGCGUCUACAACAGUAAAAUUAAACAGGACAGGGCUAACUCUGCCAAGGCCGGUGUAGAAACCACGACAGUGUUCCAGUGCUUGCGCUGCUUUGAGCUGUGUGUAAGUGAUGUGGGCAUCAAACAGCACCGACUGACUUGCAAGAGGGUCCCCACUGUCCCAUCUGACUUAAAGAAAGAU